AUGGCGGUUCCUUUGCCACAGAAGUUCAGAGUCCCUGCUAUGGAGAUGUAUGAAGGAGGAUGGAACCCUCUCGAGCACCUAGAAACUUUCAGGACUCACAUGACGCUGCAUGGCUUUCUCGAGGAAAUAGUUUGUAGGGCAUUCCCACUGACCCUGAAGGGGUCAGCAUGUGUAUGGUUUGUGUCACUAGCACUUAAAUCAAUGGACAGCUUCAGCGAGCUAGUUAGGCAGUUCCUAACCCAAUUCGUGUCCAGUCGGAGGAGGCGGCGUCCUGCUACGUACCUCCUCACUAUCAAACAAAUGGAGGAUGAAAGCUUGAAGUCCUACUUGGCUCGGUUCAACAAAGAGCGCAUGACCACUGACAACCAAGAUGAGAAGAUAACCUUGGCGACACUCCUCGGAGGCAUUUGGCCACGCUCCCAAUUCAUGGCAGAACUAGCCAGACAAACUUUCGUGACGUUGCGAGAAUUCAUGGACCAGGCCGAAAACUUCAUCAACGAGGAAAACACGCUUCGAACGUUGACAAAGCCACGAAGGAAGUAA